AUGGGAAUGAAGCGAGAAGCGGUUCAAGAAGAAAGGCAAAGUUCGAGAGCGGAUAUAACCAAAGUGUUAAGUAGUAGUGGACAUCGGCAUAUCAUCACAAGUCAAAUGGAAGCGGAAAGUACGAGUACUUAUGGUGGUCUUGAGAUUCAACUUCAGAGGAUUGCUGCAGCUGAAGAAGCUUCAGAA